UUGUUACCCCAUAGUUUCAUUCUUUUAUCAAAACAUCGCUUACCAAGGACGGUUUUCGACUGAAGUGCGCUUAAACAGUGCUUUCUAUGAGAGUUAGUAUUUUCUGUCUGUUUCUUUUGUACCAUGGCCACUGCAAAGUUUCUUGCCUGCUUUGGAUGCCUUACAGGUGAUCCAAUUGACAUCGUUGCGACAGUCAAAGAGAGCAACCCGACGCUGUUUAGAUAUCUAGAAAGCUUGGUAUUUGCCAGAUUUCAGGGGGAGACGAGCAAUAUAUUUGACGAUUCGUCUGACCAUAAACAAAAAUAUGGCAAGAGAAACCUCAGUGUUGUCCUCUUAACCAUGGAUCAAUUUAUUAGAAGUCAAGGGGAGAAUUUUACUGGAAAUGAAUAUGGGUUUGCUGCUCUAGUUGAAGAGGUAGCAAGAAUACGCUGUCCCCCGAAGCAGAGUUUCAGUAAGUUCAAAAAGAAACUUUUCCAGGACAGAACACGGUUUGUGGAGUUUUACUGCAGGAGGGGAACUGGUCUGUCCCAUCCGCUCUAUCAUAGUGACUACUGGGGAACUAGGCAACAACUACGUGCAGGGAAAAUGAUUGGGGAUUGGAUUGACACACGUUAUGGAUCUAUGGAUCCGAUAUUUGGCGCCCUCCUAUCUCCAACAGCUGGUAAGUCAGGUUCAGUUGGCCCUCUCUUGAAAAUAACGCAGUACCACAUCAUUCUAUUCUAUUUCUUUUUUGCUGCAACUAUCUAUCAGAUAACCCCCAUGGCAUUUCAUUCUGCAGUCCACGAUGCUUUUGGGUAUUUAUUCAACUUCCACCAAACAGGACCAGGGUACAACUACCUCGGCUCAAAUUCAAUAUUCAAUACAAGAGACGCCCUUAGCAGUCAGGUAUCAGGGGUUGAUUUCUGGAGCGAAUUCCUUCAUCAACUGAAGAUGCAAAAAAGUAGCCUAAAAGUUUACUGAUCUGCAACAAUCAUUGUAAAAUCUUAAACUUAUUUGUCUUCAAGGAAAUUUAGAAAGUCAAUGGAACAAACCUCUUUCAUGGAAUUGCUUGUAGUGCCUUUUAAUGGAAACAUUUUAAGCUGCACAAGUCUCUAGUAAUGUCUCUUAAAAUCAGCCAAAUGAGCCUCCUUUUUAUUGAGAUCUGCAAAUUAAUUAGCAUGCUUGUAACAAAUGCAAAGUGAAAAGUAACAACAUAAGUACCCAGGGCGGAUGCUCUAUAUUUUCAGCGCUUUGUGAAUGCAUGCUAUCUUUUCAUGCGAUUUUGAACUUUAACCUUUUACUAUGGUCUUUUGACAUCUGAAAUGUUGGUAAUGCCUAACAGGCAUAAAACUUGAUAAAUAGUCAAAUAAACAAAGAUAGAAUCAAUUUGCU